AUGUGCGAAGUAACACGUAUCCACUACGUGGACUGCCCCCACACCUCCAAGAAAUGGCACAAACUCUGCACCCCUUACCUCAUCGGCCCGCAGGAUCGCUCUUGCCCAAACCGCAGGUACAUCGAUACCAAGACACGCUCUGGCAGCUGCAAGGUUUGUAAACCGAGGCCAGUGAAGACGAUGUGGGUUGAGCCGGGCACGUUUGUGGCGGAUGACAGGUACCCGGUUAUUCGGUCGAUGAGGGAGCUGAGGACUGCGAUCAGGAGGAAGCCGGCUUCGGGUGCGGAAGGGGCGGGAGGGGCGGGAGGGGCGGCGAAGUGA